GUAAGUGAUACAAAAGCCAAUGAUAAUAAACCACAAUCUUUAAUUACUGCUUUAUUCGACGAUGAGCCAGAAAAUUUCUCCGAUGACGAUGAAUUUACCAAUGAUAACGAAGAAGAUGAGAGUUUCUGUGGUUUUUCUGAUGACGAUGAUGAAGGUUAUUAUUAUGAUUUAAAUACCGGCGAAACUUAUACGAAAUCGAACCGUUCAAUCUAUGCCUAUUAG